ACUGAUCGUAUGGGCGAUCGCGCAACGCACAUCGGACGGUUCAGUCGGUUGGUUGAACUCGACACGUUCGGAAUAUCGUAGCUUUCCAUCCAACAACGUUUCCGUGUAUGUGUGCUGUUCCGUACCAAAGUUCGAUUGUGUUGCGAAAACAAAACAAAAAAAUCACCCCCGAAAUUGAUGCCAGUUCCCAGCCAGCUUUAGCAAACAAAAGGCUCCUACGCGUGGCCUUUACUUACGGUGAGGAUCAAGUGUGAUCGUAACCUCCCGUGUGCGUGUUUGUGCAUAUGUUUGUGUCACAGUGAUUGGUGUUGUGUGAAAAUCAUCUCCACUUCACGAAGGGGUGCUGACAUCAUCCAACGGUCCUUGCUGGUUCAAGGGGCUUUCCGCUCAACUUGAGUGAGACAGAUCCGAACAGAAACGAUCGCCGAAGCCGUCUACUAGUGUUGCCACCUCGGCCGGAUCGGUUCACCUAGCAGCAGAUUCGUCGCAGAGGGAAACCAAAAAAAGGUCGGAACCAGCUCAUCAUGUUUCUCGGAAGGCGCAACUUUAAGCUGUGGUUUGUGAUAGCAUUCGCGCUAAGCUUGCUAGUGCUUGGUGUUCUAGUCACAUUCGGAUUUACGGCCUUUAUCAGAACCGUCAUCGAUCACCAGGUGGCACUGAGGGUGGGCGGACAAUCGUUCGGCUGGUGGUCACGACCACCGGUCGAACCGAUCAUCCGCAUCUUCGUCUACAACGUCACGAAUGCCGACGAGUUCCUGAACAACGGCACCAAACCCAUACUGGAUGAGCUUGGACCAUACGUUUAUGUUCAAACAUGGGAAAAGGUCAACAUUAAAGAGAACCCGAACGGCACGAUCAGCUACAACCAGAAGCGGGUGUACAUCUUCAACGAGGAUCUGUCCGGCGGUCUGGAAGAUGAUGUAGUCAUCGUACCGAACAUACCGAUGCUGAGCGCCACGUCGCAGAGUAAACAUGCCGCACGGUUUCUACGACUAGCGAUGGCGAGCAUUAUGGACAUCCUGAAGAUAAAACCAUUCGUCGAGGUAUCGGUCGGUCAACUGCUUUGGGGUUACGAAGAUCCACUCCUGAAGCUGGCGAAGGAUGUGGUGCCGAAGGAGCAGAAACUACCGUACGAAGAGUUUGGUCUGAUGUACGGCAAAAACAGCACCUCGAAGGACACUGUGACUGUUUGGACCGGUGUGGACGAUAUCAAUCAGUACGGUAUCAUCGACAAAUAUAAUGGCCGUUCGCACCAAACACACUGGCUGUCGGAACAGUGUAACCGACUGAACGGUACGGACGGUUCCAUCUUCCCACCGCGCAUUACCAAAAAUUCCACGCUCAAUGUGUACGAGAAGGAUCUGUGCCGGCUGUUACCGCUGAGCUUCGAGAAGGAAGUUACCAUCCGUGGUGGCGUAAAGGGAUACCGGUUUACACCCUCGCCGGAUGUGUUUGCCUCGGUCGAGAAGAACCCAAACAACAUGUGCUACUGUCCAGCCGGACCACCGUGCGCCCCGCACGGACUGUUCAAUGUAUCGCUCUGCCAGUAUGACUCGCCGAUUUUGCUCAGUUUUCCACAUUUCUACAUGGCUGACCAAACGCUACGAACGGCAGUGGAAGGUAUUUCACCGCCCGAAAAAGACAAGCAUCAGCUAUUCAUCGAUGUGCAACCGGAGAUGGGUACCGCACUGAGGGCACGUGCACGCAUCCAGAUCAACCUUGCCGUCAGCCAGGUGGUAGACAUCAAACAGGUUGCCAACUUCCCGGACAUUGUGUUCCCGAUCCUAUGGUUCGAGGAGGGCAUCGAUUCGCUGCCGGACGAAAUAUUGGACCUGAUGAAGAUAGCCACCAAUAUUCCACCGCGGGCCAAGUUCAUACUGACGAUCGCACUGUUCGGGCUCGGUGGGUUCCUGUUCGUCGUAGCCGUUAUCUGUCUCGUGCGAAAGUCACACCGCCAGAGCACGCUGCACCUGGAGGGUUCCAACUAUCUAGCGACCGCGUCGGUCGAUCAGGCCAAAAAGAAGGCCAAGAUGGACAAUGGAAUGAACAGCAAGAGUAACUAGAUUACCGCGCUAGUGGUACGUGAUACGGUUACAACUUCUUCGUCCAAGCCUGCAAAGGCAAACGCGAUCGCGGUGAUACGUACCGGUGUAUAGGCAGAAAACCAUUAAGAGACUCAUCGUUUUGUGAGUGAAAUCACGUAGAAUCCCGCUUGUGACACCACAUUGAAAGCCAUUUGCGGGGAAAAGUUUGAACAGGUGUGUCAUGCGACAAUUGGAUUUGGUCGCUCGUACAGUACUUAACACUAUCACAGUAGAGGAUUAGGCUAGAUGGAGAUGAAUCUGAUAGAAGAAAAACGGGAACAAACAAUCAACCAUUCUUGAAAUUUCUUCAAUCUUCGGUGUAAGUAAUGGCCCAAAACAUUAUGCCUAGGAAUGAUUGAUCAAAAGCAUAAGGAAAAGAGAAAACAAAAAUGUAACAGAUGCUUACAAAAAAAAACUGCAAUCUGUUAACGAAUAACGCCUAGCGUACGGUUUAGUUUUUGGGGGCCGGAAGGGAAACUUACAACCAAUUAUUACAACCUUCCAAUUAUUUUAUGUGAUUUAUACAAACGAAAACAAAUGGGGGAAAUAUUACUGAUACUGAGAUACAUAUACCAUCGAAAAGGGAAAUGGCGCCCAGGGCCAUACACGGAUACUGAGCUGAAGGGGGGCUUCCGCCCCCCCCAAAAAGUCCACCUCCAAAGUCGUCUAUAGCUGUUCCAGUGGAUGGUGUAUGUGUGUUAGGUUAUGGGAAACUGUUUACUGCUGCUAGGAAGAGACAACUAGGUACACUUUAUGUGGAAGGUUUUAACAAAAAACUACAAACCCUCCCUAUUAUUUCAUACACCAACUUAUAUUUGCUCAAUUUACAGAAUUUUGACGGUGUGUGACGAUUUUUUUUUUUUAAAUGGCAACCCUAAAUUAUAAACUUUGGGAAAACACAUUUUGCUAAUACGCAUUUGUGUGUGUGUGUGUUUCCACAUCACUACGUCAUGCGAGACACAAUUUAAAUUUAGUAAUUACAACUUGAGUAUACUAAAAAAAAUCACAAAAACAAACAGCAAUAUAUUGUUAUUGGCCUUGAAAAAUAUGAAAAUUGUAAUAUCUCACUCACACGCACAGACACAGCUGUAUCUAUAUACCGGAAAGACAAUUUUUGGAACAAUUGUUCCGGCAUUAAAAAACAAAAACAAAAAGGCUGGUAAUUUAUUGCUGACUACACACCUUGACGUAGUGCUUCAGUUGCCAAAAUGUAAAUGUUACGAUUUUGCUAACCUUCUCUUUGCUAUUAUUAGUGGUAGCAAAACGUCCCUUUUACAAACAAAAAAAAACCCCUUACACCACUGUGUGUACUGUAAAAUGUAAUAUGUUAGCUCGUAAGUGUAUAAAUAGGUACGGUGGCUAAGGUGUCCUGGUGGGGAUAAAAUGUAAUUCAUAAAGAAACAACAAAAAAAGCAAACAAACACACACACACACAGAAAAGGGAACGGUUUUGAGUAGAAACAUCAUAUGGAAAAUACACAUUAAAUGUAAGUGAUUAUUACAACAACAAGAACACACAAAAAACCCGUGACAUUCGAUGAUGAGGAUCGCACCGAAGCGAGUGAUGGGUACACAUUGUAUCGAAUAGUUUAGGAUUGAUUGAGGAAUGACUCGAUGGCAAAAUGGAUUUGCACCGGGGCAUCGUGGGUGACUAGAAAUUUCGGGUUCGGCCGCGCGUUACGGGCGUCCACGGUGCCACGGUGUUACGCUUUUGUACGAUGGAAACAGAGUGGACAGAAAUAAAACGAGAACAACAGUAUA